CUACUGCUGGACUGAACCACGGGCACAGCCUUCCCCCAUCCUGCGCCUGGUCAGGUAUUCCUCCUCCCUACCCCCAGUGUUUGUGUAGCGCAGGCCCAAACGGGAAGGCGGUGCCUUUACUUCCUCCUCCUACUUCCAGUGUGCGGGAGCUGAGAAGUUACUGUCCCAUCUCGCGACGCAAAGUAAGAGUUCCGUUCCGGGACUCCCUGUGGCAACGUCACGUUCAGAAAAUGGCACGGGAGCCAUGCUUUAACGCUAAGCCCACUGCAGGGGCCACUGACCAUUAAAAGAAGGCCCCGUCUUUAGUUAGACUGCGGCCGCCUCUGGUGAAUGAUGGAAUCGGCGGUGAUGCGGUCGAGCGCGGAUAUCCUCCGCAAGAACCCGCAGCAGGACUUCGAGCUCGUCCAACGGGUUGGCAGCGGCACCUAUGGGGAUGUGUAUAAGGCUAGGAAUCUACAAACGGGAGAGCUGGCUGCUGUCAAGAUCAUUAAAUUAGAACAGGGUGAUGAUUUCUCUCUUAUCCAGCAAGAAAUCUUCAUGGUGAAGGAGUGUAAGCAUUCCAACAUUGUGGCUUACUUUGGCAGCUAUCUUUCACGGGAAAAACUGUGGAUCUGUAUGGAGUACUGUGGUGGCGGCUCACUCCAAGACAUAUACCAUGUAACAGGACCACUCACAGAGUACCAGAUAGCAUACAUGUGCAGAGAGACCUUGCAAGGUCUGUCAUAUUUGCACAGUAGGGGGAAAAUGCAUAGAGAUAUCAAGGGUGCUAACAUACUUCUUACAGACAAUGGAGAUGUUAAGCUAGCCGACUUUGGUGUGGCAGCCAAAAUAACAGCAACAAUUGCCAAGAGGAAGUCUUUCAUUGGAACCCCGUACUGGAUGGCUCCAGAAGUGGCUGCAGUGGAGAAAAAUGGAGGCUACAACCAACUUUGUGACAUAUGGGCUGUUGGCAUCACUGCAAUUGAACUGGCAGAACUGCAACCUCCAAUGUUUGAUCUGCAUCCUAUGAGAGCUUUAUUUUUAAUGUCAAAAAGUAGCUUCCAGCCUCCAAAAUUAAAGGAAAAAAUGAAAUGGUCACAAAGCUUUCAUAACUUUGUCAAAGUGUCUUUGAUCAGGAAUCCAAAGAAAAGGCCACCUGCAGAGCGACUACUCACUCAUCAAUUUGUAGUACAGCCAGGCCUCUCAAGGAUUGUUGCACAAGAGCUUCUAGACAAGUUUAACAAUCCUGACAGUCAUCACCAUUACAGUGAGCCUGAUGACGAUGAUCCUGAGCCUCUUUCCAUGGUUCGACAUACCAUCCGUUCCACAAGCAAAGCUGCAAGAGCUGAAAGGACAGCCUCUGAACUAAAUUUUGACAAACUGCAGUUUAAACCUCCUCUCAGAAAAGAGACUGAAGCCAAUGAAGAAAUGGGUUGCAGCAGAGAGAAUGAUUUUGGAUCUCAGUGGAUCCCCUUUGCCAAUGGUGUCAACAAUGAUUCUACAAUGAAAAGAGCUGUGCCACCACCACUACCCCCCAAGCCUGUGAGAGUUUACAGCUGCCCAGAUGAGGAUGUAGAUGACAGCGAAAGAUCCAGCACAAUCAAGCAUCAACAGGAAAACAGAGCUCCGCAAUUUCACAGGAGACAGAGCAGCCCAGGUUGUGGUCAUCAGAGAGCACUUUCCCAUAAUGUCCUCACUAACAGCAUCAGCAGCCCUGGACUAUACAGCAGUAGGAACUGUGACAUGGGUAAUGGGGACAGUCCAGUGCGUAGCCCAAUAGGAGAAGGAGGCAAACCACAGCUUCCACAGAAGAAAGAAAAGAAGGAUUUUCCGAAAUCAACAAUAAAUGGCUUACCACCUACUCCAAAAGUACUGAUGGGAGCAUGUUUCUCCAAAGUGUUCGAUGGUUGUCCAUUGAAAGUAAACUGUGCAACAUCCUGGAUACACCCAGAUACCAAAGAUCAGUACAUUAUCUUUGGCAGUGAAGAUGGAAUUUACACAUUAAAUCUUAAUGAACUACACGAGGCCACAAUGGAGCAGCUGUUUCCUCGGAAGUGCACAUGGCUGUACAUUAUGAAUAAUAUGUUGAUGUCCUUGUCAGAAGGUAAAACUGUUCAGCUUUAUUCACAUAACCUAGUGGGUCUGUUUGAGCAAGCUAAAAAACCUGGACUAGCAGCCCAUAUACAGACUCAUCGUUUUCCUGACAGAAUACUGCCAAGAAAAUUUGCCCUUUCUACAAAGAUACCAGAAACAAAAGGCUGCCACAAGUGUUGUGUUGUAAGAAACCCAUAUACUGGUCACAAGUACCUGUGUGGGGCUCUGGAGUCCAGCAUUGUCCUGCUUCAGUGGUAUGAGCCUAUGCAGAAGUUCAUGUUAAUAAAGAACUUUGAUUUCCCUCUGCCAAAUCCCCUGAGAGUGUUUGAAAUGCUGGUUGUCCCAGAGCAGGAGUAUCCCUUUGUCUGUGUAGCUGUCAGUAAAGGAGUAGAAUCAAACCAGAUUGUCAGGUUUGAGACCCUCAACCUGAGCUCAGCCUCUUCCUGGUUUACUAACUUGGACUCGGGAAUUUGUCAGCAGCUGGAUGCCAUACAUGUUACACAGCUUGAGAAAGAUACCAUCUUGUUUUGUCUGGACAAUUAUGUGAAAAUUGUAAACCUUCAGGGGAAACUAAAGUCAAGCAGAAAACUGGCAUCAGAACUAAGCUUUGAAUUCAGCAUCGAGUCUGUAGUGUGCCUUCGGGACAGUGUGCUAGCCUUCUGGAAGCAUGGCAUGCAGGGAAAGAAUUUUAGGUCAAAUGAGGUUACACAAGAGAUUUCAGAUGAAUCCAGAGUUUUCCGCUUAUUAGGAUCAGACCGAGUGGUGGUGCUGGAAAGUCGUCCAACAAUGAAUCCGAUGGCACAAAGUAACCUGUACAUCUUGGCCGGCCACGAAAACAGCUACUAGCCUUCUCUUUGUAGCUUGCCAGAAACGACAUAGGAAUCGAAAUUCCAGCAUAAACGUUCCCUUGCUGGGCCUGUGCAAGGUGGAUUUUGCUUUGACUUUUCUUUUUAUUCAUUUAUUCGUAUUAUUGGGGGAAAGGGUUGUGUUUUUAACAUUUUGUGCUGCUGGAAACAGCGACAUUUCCUGUCACCACUGUGUGGUGUUGGUUUUAUUGGUUGCUUUAUAACAAGCUGUGAGAUAUACCCUCUGCUGCCAAAGGUUGGAGGGUUCAGCCAUGCUGAAUAUAAUAAGUGGUGCCUUGAUAUGCUCUGUGGUCUUGCAGUUGUUCCAGGGGAUGCUGAAACCAGAAUGGCCAUUGGCUUUGAUAUUCUGUAUGUAUCUUCCAUGCUGCAUUGCCACUUAACUUUAGCCGGAGUAUAUUCCUUUGGUAUAGUGUAUGUGCCAGCAACGCAUGCCCCAGUUUCACAAUAAUUACUUACUAAAAUCCCAGCCCUACUGUUCCUUGCCAGCACAUGCUUCUAGGUCUUUAUGUUCAUAUGAUAUUUAAAGUCAUUUUUAUUCGCUAUUUGAGGGAUCUUGUUUUUCCCCAUUUACUCCAGCGUGCCUGGGCUCUGUAUCUUAGCCAGCAUAUUGGUACAAACUCUAUUCCAUAGCUGCAAAUACAUUUACCCCGGGAUAUUUACUGCCUCUUUCCUCUCAUAUUCCGAGAAAGUGACACUACACCCCCAUGUUCCUACGCAUCUAGUCUGAAUAGGACUAAUCUGUAAAAUACAACUAUGACCUUUAUUUAUUAAUCUUUGGCUUGAGUGGGUAACAUAUCUGUAUAGGAAAGGAUUUGGCAGAUUUUGUGUUGUUUGUGUGUACAGGAAUGGUUUCUUCAGUUUUUUUUUUUUAAAUCCAGCCAAUGGCUGUGCCCUUUUCUUUUUAAUUCUGCCUUAUGGAUCAGGAUCAUUUUAUGGGGCUCUGGGCACUCAGACUCGAAAGGGACAUUAAUCCAGAUUUGGUUCUAUAGUUCUGAUGAGUUCCCUCUUGCCGACCCUGUUAACUAUAUGGGAAUCUGUUCAUGGCACUGUGUAGUAAAUGCUCUCAUACUGUAUAGUGGUUAAUAUUGAACUGCAGAAUAAGGGCUUUAGGGAGGCAACACCAUGUAUUGUUAUGCAACAGAUUGUGGGAGGAAUUCUCGGCUCUAGCCAAUAACAAAGCCGCAGCUGCUAUUCUAUAUUAUAACACAGAAGUUUCCCAGUCUCCUUUUCAGCUCGCAAUGACCAUUUAUUUCUAAGCAAUAAAUAAAUUAAAAAACCUGUGGUUUGCCAUGAAUUAGUCUGUUACCCGGUCGAUUCCUUUUUUUUUCCCUUUCGUAGAUACGACUGCAGAUUUGUCCUUGUGUGUUUGAUCUGUGGUUAAAAAGGCAGAGGAAUGUGGCUGCGUUUCUGAUUCUGUGUGUUUAGUAUCCGUAUAAACGAAACGGCCUUAUUUACCAGCAGAAAUUUCCUACAGACUUCAAGGAAAUGCAGCCUGCUUUCUAUUUUGUAAUUAUAACUCCUUCAGCUGGCUAGGGAUGCUGGGAGUUGUAGUUGGGAGGCAGCCACAAAGCCCUGAUACAGAAUGAUUUUGUGCAGCUCCGUGCAUACCUCCCAACAUUUUGGAAAUAAAAAGAGGGACAAAAAAAGGUGGCGCGUAGCGAGGUGAAAUUGUAUGACCACGCCCCCUAAUUACCAUGUUCAUUUUACUAAAUUUGGCAGGUUAUGAAAGUUUGAAGAUAUGUCUGUUUUUUUUUCUGUUAUUACAGUUUUGCUAAUGAAGGUGAAUUGCCCUUUAAGCUGUCGGUCUAACCUCCCAAAGGACGUUAUCUUAUAUUGUUACAAUUACUUAUUUGCUUAUCUCAAAAUUGUUACAAAAGUAUCUCAUCUGCAGCUGUGGCUGUUCUGGGCUCUCUGCCAAAAGCCAAUUAAGUUAAAAACUUUGUUUCUAUUUCUGGCUGUUCAGUGCAGAGAAAAACGGGAUUUUCCAGUGCAAACGAGGGACUGGGGGUUCAGCUGUCAAGAGGGUUUGUCCCUCUAAAAAACGGGACAGUUGGGAGGGAUGUCAGUGGGAUGCUCCUGUUACAAGAAAACUAGUACCAAAGUGUUUCUGGACUCUCAGCAGCAGUUUGUUCCGUUUACCUUCCGACACCAGGUUUUAUCAUGUGUAACUUGAUUUUCUUAAAAGAGUUCAAUUUGAAAUAAAUAUUGCUAAUGUCA